GCGUUCUCGAAGUUGAAACAUCAUGCCUUUGGUUUUGAUGUGUGGUUUACCUUGUAGCGGCAAAACGAAGCGAGCAGAAGAACUAAAGAAAUACAUAGAGGUCAACAAGGCAAAGGAUGUUCACAUAGUCAGUGAUCAUUCAAUUGGAGUCGACAGAAAUUACGUUUACGCAGAUUCAAGGAGGGAGAAAGACAUCAGGGGAACUCUGAAGGCAAAUGUUGAGAGAAAAAUCAACAAAGACGACGUUGUUAUUCUAGAUUCUUUGAACUACAUUAAAGGUUGCCGUUAUGAAUUUUACUGUGUUUCCAAGUCAGCAAAGACAACACACUGUGUGAUUCACUGUGAGCUAGCUGUGGAUACAGCUUCUGCAUGGAACAAGGAACGAGAGAAAACAGAACAAUAUUCUCAAGAAAUCUUUGACGCAUUAGUGAUGCGGUUUGAAGCACCAGAUUCCAGGAAUCGCUGGGAUUCGCCAUUAUUUACAAUUCUUCCAGACAGUGAUGUACCAUGCGAGGCGAUAUGUGAUGCAAUAUUCGACAGGAAAGCGCCACCGCCAAACUUCUCAACACAGUCGCAACCCUUAUCAUCCACAAAUUUCCUAUAUGAAUUGGAUAAAAUAACUCAAGAUGUGAUCACUGUUUUAUUAGAAGCUCAGAAAACCAGUGUACCAGGUGAUCAAAUUAGUAUACCUGAUGCAAAAGAUAAAAUUAAUUUAAUUCACAAUUACAACGUAUCUGAACUAAGAAGACACAGAAGACAAUUUAUUAGUUAUACCAAGACACAUCCUGUCAAUAACACACGACUUAUUGCUAAUAUGUUUGUACAAUAUCUUAAUAAUAGUGUGCAAUGA